AAGCAGUGAGCUGUCUGGUGUUUUAACUCAUUGUAACACAAAAUUGUAAAAUCCCAAAAUUCCAAAAUUGCACAAAAUGUUGCGUAGGCUAUCUAUGUAUAUGUUUAAUACCGCCGAAAUCGAGUCCAAUCUCUUCGCCAUGGCCGACGACGUCUACGGCACCAUUGAAAUUUUCAAGGACGCGGCCAAAUUCGAGUCUCGAUUCGCCAGGCCCUUCGAGAUGAUAUCUGCCCUUUUCGAUUGUGUGGUGUUCAUGGCGGUGGCCGUGAUGGUCAUCGGCUUCACCAUGCACUCCCGAAUCGCCAAGUUCCGCCAAUUGUCCAGGCAAACUUUUAGCCAAAAAAGGACGAAGCUCGCCGGGAGUACGCAAAGUCAGGCAAGGCUGGCUUUCAACACAGCGCUGCGGUUGAAAAAAAAUGAUGAUGUCGAGGAUACAUCUAGCAAGAAAGAGGACGAAACUAGCCUCAAUAAUUCAAUAAUGGGCACAGCUGACGAUGCGGUAACCUUGCAACCUCUGGAUGCCGAAAAUGAAGCUGUUGUGAAAACCGUUGAAUCUACUAAAUGGGGAAUGCAUUGGUUUACCAUAUUGCGGAUAAAGGGUAUAGGAACCAUAUACGAUAGUCUAUUUCAAUAACUACAAAUAGAGUAAAAGCUAUUGCCAAUAAAUUUGUCAAGGAUAACUUCAA